ACACAGCGAACACUCUGUCAGCGCCUGAUGGAGUGAUUCGAUAGCUGUCACUUAAUUCUGGAUUUAACUUUCACGCACAAUGAGCACGAUGAAUUGACAUGUAUCUGUACUUUGAUAUCUAGCGCGCAGCUGCGGAAUGACAGAUGUGGAGGCAGGUUGUUCUCUGGGUGUAUUCAUUUGGGUGUGACAAAAUACUGCCGCAAGUCCUUGACCGUAACAUGUGUACUGUAAUUUAAAACAGAGGAUCACAGCAGUCGCGCGCAACUUUUUCACCGUGGUACUGUGAACACAGAUGUUAUAUUUUCGGACAUCAUUUGUCUCUUCCUUGGUCCGAGUGGGAAUUAACUUAUCAUGUUUUACCUGAUGGACAGCAAGGCGACAUAAACCCAAGGUUUUGACUGAUUUCUUGUUGCGCUCACUGAACUGGUCUUCGAGGAUGUUCAGCUGCAUCGGUUGCUUUUGGGUGCUCCUUUCCUCGGCUCUCGUGGCGAUCUGCAGCUACAGUUUUGCCACUCCGGCAUGGAUUGUGAAGGACCCCCUACGAAAUGAAGCCACAGUGAGCUUUGGGCUACUGUGGCACUGCUCGGAGUCUAUGGAUCAUAUGUACAGCUGUUACUCGUUUGCAGGGCUCGGGAAAUUUGCUGAAAUUCCCUCCGUCUCUUGGCAGGCCAGUGUGGUCCUUUGCUGUGGCGGCUGCGUGCUCCUGGCUCUCAGCUCCAUGCUGGCCUUCAUCACAAUCUUCCUCCCCAGCGGAGCCUGUGAGCGGAGGGCGUGUGUCCUGGCUGGCUAUGUGCAGAUGGUGUCAGUGUUCAUCAUGGGCUCGGGCCUGCUGGUGUACCCCUUUGGGCUGAACUCCUCCCUGGUGAAGUCGUUUUGUGGUAAUUCGGAUAUCUACAACGCAGGAGAGUGCCAGAUCGGCUGGGGCUACAUGCUGGCCAUCGUUGGGGUCAUGCUCACCAUCUUUCUGCCUUUCUUUGCAAAUGAAGGCACUGGAACUCCUGCCUGCACCUUAUUGGCUGAAGUGAAAUGCCCACCACAAACAGGACCCAAGGCAUUGUCUUCCUCCAUGCUGUACAAUACGCCACUUCACAGAUGAUUUGCUGUUUCAUGAAACUGUUACUACUGGCCAUUUUCUACAUGUGGAAAGAAGAAGCCUUUAUUUUCCUAUCAUAGGAUAGAUAAAGAAAUUCAUCAGCCAGUUUUUAUAUUUUUUUGCACCUCCGUUUCUCAUUUGUAUGUGAUGAAAUGUAUACAACAUCUUGUGCAAACAUCCAGUUUUAAACAUUGGUGUGUAUUAUGUGUAACGGGCAGUGUGGUUGCAUAUUUGUAUUAUUUAUGUGUUUAACUCAAAUGUAUUUUAAUGUUGCCAACUGUGACAAGUUACCAUCACUGAAAAGCAAAACAAUUGCUCUCACAUUCCAAAAGUAUCCUAUUGAACUAUCAGGGAUUGUUUUCAAUGAUAGAUUAUUGGAGCAAUUUGUGUAAAUUCUUUCACUGAAAGAGAAACACAUCUUCAGGGACAUCACUUGACAUGAAAAACAGAGUCCAAGGAACUGCAAACACUUUCCUGGAUAACACAACAGCAAAUGGACUCUGAGAAGAGAUACAAAAAGAUCUCCAAACAAGCAGUCAAAAUGGCGAGGAUAGAGACAGUGUGAUCUGAACAUCCUCUCUGUUAUCUGGUAACUAGAUCAGCUAGAUAGAGGUGAGCUGUGUUCAUAUAAAGGGAACUGUACAAUACAUAGAGAUGCGAUCUCGAACUGGAGAGUGAAUAUAUUGAUGUCAUAAUUCAUUCUGAGAGAAGCAUUCGUAAAGUUAAAUGAAUUAUUUUUUAUCCACACAUAUUUUCAAACUACACAGCUUCCCUCUUAGCAGCAUCUGUCUGUAUUGUUUUUUUCAGGUUUGGCUUUGCUUGUCAAGUGGAUGUGCUAUGAUUGCAUAGUAUAUAUCUUCACUCUUUUUCUUAAGUGUUUAAAUAACUGAUUGUGUUGAAGUCCUGAAAAAUGAAAACACAAUACAACCUGUGCAUUUAUCCUUGUUCUGUGUAGCCCAGAUGUAAAAAGGUGAAGCUCUUGAUGAUAAACCUUGAAGAUAAUACUUGCUUCUGAAAAUACUGCACUGGCUUUAAAGCAGUGGUGGAAAACACACAGUCAAAUGUGCUAUAUUAUCAGAUUCAUAAUGUAUAUGAACAAUACAUAUUUGAAUCUAUGAAAAAUAUAAUUAUAUUUUAUUUUAAUUAAUACAUAUUUCAUAAACAGUGUGAUGUUAUACAAUCAUGGAAUUUAUUAAUAGUUUAUUUAAUUUUGUCUUAAUUUGAAUUUGAAUAUGAGCUAUUUUUCAUAAAUAUAUGGCAUGUAUUAGCAUACACUCAUGGACUUGGCCCACUUACAAGUUUGGGUCAUCUACAAGAUUAAGUUCCCCACCAUUGUUUUAAACCCUGAAGUACGGUAAACAGUAGUGAAAAUAAUAGAAUAGGAAUCGAAAAAAUGAAAACAAUUGAUUUAAUCUUGUUUAAAGUUUGAAUUGGAAAAUGACAAACCAAGCGUGACCAAACCAACCUGUGCCUUCACACAGUGUACUGCAACAGCAACAAGGCUAUAACCAGGACAUGUCCAGUCUCUAUUAAAACUAUGUAUACAUCAUGGGUCUGUGAAAUGUGUACAAAUAUUUCAA